AUGGGUCAUCGUCGCUUCCUGCAUUGCGAUCACAGGUAUAGACAGGACCUGAGUAGAUUUGAUGGCAAGGUAGAGGAUAGAUCCCCACCUACCAAAUUGACUGGCAGGGAUGUCCUGAGACAAUUGGAAGGUGUGCCCGUCUCACAGGGCAAGGUGCAAGCGGUGGGCGGCAAAAGAAGGCGCGGACAGCAAACCGUGAUGCAAGAUGAGUCUCCCUGGAAAAAGAGGAGUAUAUUCUUUGAUCUGCCCUACUGGGAGAACAACGAAUUACGUCACAACCUUGACGUGAUGCACAUAGAGAAGAAUGUAUGCGACAAUAUUGUUUACACCAUGUUGAACGAGAGCGGUAGAUCCAAAGACCACCUAAAAGCUCGAAAAGAUCUCCAAUUGAUGGGAAUCAGGCAAGAUAUGUGGCCACUUGAAGGUGGAAAGUAUCCCGCUGCAGUCUUUACCAUGUCCAAUCCACAGAAGGAUGUCUUUCUUAGGAUUAUCAAGAAUGUGGUCUUUCCUGACGGGUACUCUAGCAACAUCUCUCGCUGCAUUGAUUUAAAACAUCGCAAGUUACACGGGUUGAAGAGUCAUGACUGCCACAUUCUGAUGGAACAUCUAUUGCCAAUUGCGUCAAAACAUGUAUUGCCCACCACAGUGGCCGUCGUCCUGGCUGAGUUAUCAACCUUUUUCCAACUAAUAUGCAGUAAAUCCAUAGAUCCUCAACAACUUUCUCUCCUUCAGGAUCGUGUGGUCAAUACUCUAUGCCACAUGGAGAUGAUAUUUCCACCUUCCUUCUUCACUGUCAUGGUUCAUCUAACGGUUCAUUUAGUCGACGAGGUACGUAUUGGUGGCCCAGUGCAUUACCGGUGGAUGUACCCAAUCGAGAGGUACCUAUGUCGUCUCAAACAGUAUGUGCGUAAUAGGGCACAACCUGAAGGAUCGAUUGCAGAGGGUUACUUAUCCGAGGAGAUUCUCACAUUCUGUUCAAGAUACCUAGAUGAUGUCGAGACUAGGAUCAACCGACCAACGCGUGUUGACGAUCGGCCGAGUGAUGAUCUGCCGAGCGAGAUUGCCAGCAUGAUCCCAGAUGUCGGAAAGGCGGUUGGGGCAUCUUCAUUUUUUACUCUAACCGCAAUAGAAAAGUUUCAAGCACACCGUCAUGUACUUGUCAACUGCGGUGCUGUUGAGAAAUUCUUGGAUGAGUACAGAGCUAUCACAAAGAGAAAACUGCGAACUAGAACCAGGUCCCAGUCUCACAUAGAUAGUGUUGUGCACAGAGAAUUUCCGAACUGGUUCAGGCAUCAGGUCCCAUUUGGAAGCACCAGUCAUUCAAACGAGUUGCAGUGGCUUGCAUGCGGUCCCCUUGAUCAGGCCAGACGCUAUCAGGCCUACAACGUCAAUGGAUUUAAAUUCAGAACCAUGUCGAGGGAGGAAGGAAUGAAAACACAGAAUAGCGGUGUCUAUGUCACUUCAGACACUAGAAGUUAUGCAAGUAAACGGGAUGCCAAUGUUGCUGUUGGCGGUGUCUCGUACUACGGGAGAUUAUUGGACAUCAUCGAACUGAAUUACAGUGGUCAAUUCAUUGUUGUGUUGUUCAAGUGUCUUUGGGCAGACACCACGUCGGGCAGAGGCAUCCGACACGACGUGUUGGGCCACACCUGCGUCAAUUUUGCCACUUCGAUUCACACCGGUGAUCGAGAAGACGAUAAGCCGUACAUCCUGGCAUCUGAGGCGCGUCUUGUGUUCUACGUGGAGGAUGAGGUGGACAACGGAUGGAGUGUAGUAUUCCAUGUGAAGCCACGAGAUUUGUUUGACAUGGGCGAGGAUUUUGAAUCAUUGUGA